CUCUACCAAGAUGGCGCUUGGUAGGCGUUGUUAAAGUAUUAUUGCUAUGUUAUUUCCGGUUUCCAAGAUGGCAACCAUGGACGUGGAAGAUGAGGGAUUGCUGGCCUCUGUGUUUCGUGCGAGUUUUCCGGAGAGCUGGCGUGACAGCCCGGACUUUGCCUCUUACCUGUUGGAACUGAGUUCCUUCGGGCUGGACAAACUGCGCAGAGAGCCGGAGAGGCUUAGUGACGAGCGGAGUCAGAUCCUGCAGCAGACCAGGGACUUGGCAUUCAGUAAUUAUAAAACCUUUAUUCGCACUGCAGAAUGCACCGAGCUCAUCUACCGGGACUUUGGCCAAGUGGAGGGCAGUGUGUCCCACCUCCUGAACAAGUUGCCCAGCUUCCAAGAAAGCUGCAGGAACUUUGUGAAACAGGCUGAAGAGAUCAGCUCAAGUCGGCGCAUGAACACACUGACUUUAAACAGGCAUACUGAGAUCCUGGAGAUCCUGGAAAUCCCACAGCUUAUGGAUACAUGUGUGAGGAACGGAUACUAUGAGGAGGCGCUGGAGCUGGCUGCAUACGUCAGACGUUUGGAGAAGAAGCAUUCUUCCGUUCCUGUCAUACAGGGAAUAGUGAAUGAGGUUCGACAAUCUGCACAACUUAUGCUGAAUCAGCUUCUCCAGCAGCUUCGCAGCAACAUUCAGCUUCCUGCUUGUCUGCGAGUGAUUGGAUACCUCCGCAGAAUGGAUGUGUUCACAGAAGCUGAGCUACGUAUCAAGUUCUUGCAAGCUCGUGAUUCUUGGUUGCGGUCCCUUCAAAAUUCUAUUCCAAAUGAUGACCCAUACUUCCACCUCACCAAAACUAUUGAAAGCUGCCGUGUCAACCUUUUUGACGUUAUCACACAGUACCGUGCAAUUUUUUCUGAUGAGGACCCUCUUCUUCUUCCACCACCACCCACAGGAACUUUGCCUAUUAGUGAAGGUGCAAUCUUCCAUGGUUGGGUUCUACAGAAAGUUACAGAGUUCCUGCAAGUUCUUCAAAAUGACCUCCAAAGAGGGGUUGGUGGAAGACUGGAUUCUUUGCUGGGACAGUGUAUGUAUUUUGGACUUUCCUUCAGUCGAGUGGGCGUAGAUUUUCGCGGGCAACUGCCACCUAUCUUUCAGCGUGUUGCUGCUGAGACCUUUGCUAAAGCGGUACAUGAAGCUGUGGAGAAGUUUCAGGAGGAGAUGAACAUGUACACCUUAAUCUCUGCCCCCACAGUCCUAGGCAGUACCAUCACUCCUGUACCGACACCUACUGCACAACCUGGGACACUGCAGCCCCCCAUGGUUCUCCUAGACUUUCCUCCACUUGCUUGCUUUCUAAAUAAUAUUCUUGUGGCAUUUAAUGACCUGCGGCUUUGUUGCCCAGUGGCACUAACGGAAGCCGUAACAACAACACUACAAGAUGCAUUGGAAAAGGUUGUCAAGACAAUUCUAACUUUUCAACGUGCUGAAGAAGCUGCAUUUAGCAUGCAGGAGCGUGAACUCUUUAUCCAGUUUUGCACAGUAUUUCUUGAAGACCUGACUCCUUUUCUUAAUCGUUGUCUUCAGGUCCUCUUCCCACCAGCGCAGAGAGCCCAGAUCCUUGGUGUGGCACCUGCACAUCUGUCUCGCUAUGGCAACCUUUGUUCUAUUGAUGUCACUGUGCUGCAAGAAGCCCUGGAGGGAAUACUGCCUCAGAAAGACACCCCAGAUUUGACAGCUAGUGAUUCUGUAACACAUGUGCAGGGUGACAGUGAGCCAGAGAGAACUCUGUUAUCUACUCCAGUGGAGGAGAAGAAAGAAGUGGAUAAAUCAAAAGAAAGCCAAACUAUUGAAGCAGAAGUUACUUUAGAACUUCAGUAAACUGAUUAAAAACUUAUCAGAUUAUUUACGAUUUAAAGACAGAUUAAUAUUUUAUGGGUUCCACAAAGGAUAAAUCAAAUUAUGAAUGUGGCAAAUUCAAUAGGUGGUGACAGAAGAACUGUGAUUGGUGCAAAUAUGUGAUGUACAUUAUAACUAAGCUUGGUCAACCAAUGUCACAUUAUUGGUAAAUGAAGCAACCAAGUUCUGUAUAUUAAAUAAGUUAUAAUUCUUAAA